AUGUGUAUGCAAUGCAAGGUCAACCCUGGCUUAUUGGCAGCCCUUUCCAAGGUCCAGAAAUCAGGAGAAGAAACAAUUAAGGGCCCAUUACCUGUACCCAAAGCAGACCUAGAGAAGGAGGAAGGGAAAUCUUCCACCUCAACUUCCUCCUCCUUGGGUCCUCGAUCUAUAUAUCCAGACUUAAAAGAAAAAAACCCACAAAUGUGCACUUCUGCUCCCUGCUGCCCACCUUACUCAGGCCCUCCCCAUAAUGUAACAGGUGUGUUUCCUCUACAAGAAGUUAGAGUGCCAGGAGAAGGGACACAAAGAGGCACCACUAUGAUAAGAUUACAAGUACCUUUUUCAUUACAAGAUUCAAGACAGAUAAAAGGAGAUCUAGGUAAAUUUUCUGAUGAUCUAAAUAAAGAAUCCACUAGAAAAGAGAACUACAGGCCUUGCAGACACUGCCACCCUGGAGCCACCUGCGGUUCCCAGCUAUGGUCAACCUCACUGUUCUUCAACAUUGCUGUAGACAGUGAGCACUUGGUCCGUGUCUCCUUUGAGCUGUUUGCAGACAAAGGUCCAAAGACAGCAGAAAACUUUUGUACUGUAAGCACUGGGGAGAAUAUUGGUUAUAAAGGUUCCUGCUUUCAUAGGAUUAUUCCAGCAUUUAUGUGCCAGGGUGGUACCUUCACGUGCCAUAAUGGCAUUGCUGGCAAGUCCGUCUAUGGGGAGAAAUCUGAUGAUAAGAAUUUCAUUCUGAAGCAUACAAGUCCUGGCAUCUUGUCCAUGGCAAAUGCUGGACCUAACACAAAUGGUUUCCAGUUUUUCAUCUGCACUGCCAAGACCUAGUGGUUGGAUGGCAAGCAUGUGGUCUUUGGCAAGGUGAAAGAGUGCAUGAAUAUUGUGGAAGCCAUGGAGCACUUUGGGCCCAGGAAUGGCAAGACCAGCAAAAAGAUAACUAUUGCUAACUGUGCACAAAUCUAA